AUGGCGCUGAUUCCACUGCCGGAGGACUUGAUACCCUUUCUAAAAGAGUAUUUGCCCGCGACGCAAUUCAAAAAUGACUGUUCAAAGCCCUUUCUAACCCUAACAUAUGCUCAGUCUUUAGAUUCUCGAAUUUCAAAAGGCAAAGGUCAAAGAACGGUUAUUUCACACCUAGAAACUAAGACUAUGACACAUUAUUUGAGGUUCCACCAUGACGGGAUUUUGAUUGGUUGCGGCACGGCCUUGGCUGACGACCCUGGUUUGAAUUGCAAAUGGAGCCCCAUAGGAGAUACCGUGAGUUGGCGUUGUUCACCACGGCCCAUCAUCAUUGAUCCACACUGCAAAUGGGGGUAUUCUGGCUCCAAAAUGCAGGAGUUGAAAUCUCAAAACAGCGGUAAAUCGCCAAUAAUCGUGGUCCUAAAGAGACCUGCCAAUCUUGAUGCCAAUCUUGAUGUCACGUAUCUUGAAGCACCGCUAAACGUCGAAGGACGUUUUGACUGGCUCCAUCUCCUUAAACUACUUAAGAGUGAAUACGGAAUCACUUCAAUCAUGGCUGAAGGUGGCGCAAUUGUGAUUAACGAAUUGUUAUCGCAACCAACCGUGGUUGACAGUCUUAUAGUCACAAUCGGAGCCAAGUACUUAGGCCAGCAAGGGGUCGAGGUUAGCCCGCCUGCCGGGGAGAUUGAGCUGGACAACAUAACCUGGUGGAAGGGCACAGUCGAUGCUGUUAUGGCCGCCAGGCUCCGUAAAAUCCAAUGCUAA